AUGAGCCUGGUGGUUUAGGAACUACUCAGUGAGUUUUUCUUUCUCCCGAAACUCUAUCGUGUCACGUCGAGAUCGUUUUUAUCUCCUGCGCCGACGGCUUCCGGUUAACGGCGCCGUCGGCCCUAACUCAUUAGGCCGGGGACGGCAUCGGGACUAGCAAAUUGCAGAAUAGAGCUGAGUCAGACAGCUGCUGAGGUGUCUGCGGUGGAAGCACGUCACCGAACGACCACAGCGAACUCAUAGCAGGUAUGCCCACUGCACAGAGAGAGCGAUGGCAGGGCACUGCACUCGUCAUUCAUCGCAUUUGCGCUGCUGCGUGUUGCCAGGAGCCUCGCCCUGCUGCUGCGGCAAGUCGCCUCUUACCUGACGGCAUAGCAUAUAUAGAUACGAGACCAACGACCACCCCACGACCCAUGGCAGACGCGUCCGAUGACGACGGUCCCACAUGCGCCGUCUGUUUCGACGGGUGGGAGGUAGAUGGCGACCAGAUGCCGAUGAACCUCGGCAGAUGCGGUGGGCGGACGGACACACACGUCAACACACACAGGCGGGUGGACCUGUGGAAUGCAUUCCCUCUCGUCGUAUGGGUGUUGAUGCAUGUGGUGGAUGCAGGCCACGCCCUGUGCAAUGGGGUGAGCGCACAGUACACACACACAUACGUUAUGAGUCGGCAAGGAGGCCAGCAUUUUUGGCUGUGUGCCCUUCUGCAGUGUGUGAGGCGAUUGAAAGGAGCCAAUGGUAGCAUCAUAUGCCCCACCUGCAAGUAAAUGAAGCUAAACACACAUGCCAUAUGCUCACAUGCCCUUCCCCACUCUUAUCUCUCUCUGUCAUGUGUGGCAGGGUGGUCAGCACGGCGGCCUGUAUUACCAAGUCGUACGACAUGAUCAAAGUGCUCAAGUAUCUGCGGAAGGAGAACGCCUCUACACGCAUCGCCGAGUAUGAGGGAGAUGGAGCCAGCCAUCACAUCACGGCCGAUCUGGUGUCUUCAUUCUUUGCUUGCACUGUGCUGUUUGUGUGCAGUCUGCAGGGCCGUGUGGGCGAGCUGAUAGCCGGCAAGGCCUCUCUGCAGUCGCUCCACAAGCCACUGGUGCGCACACACGCUUUCACCCACACACGAGCCGGCUGAUGGAUGAAUGGAUGGAUGGAUGAUCUCUGGUGCGUAUGGUGGUAUUGAUUGUGUGCAGGUGAAUCUACCGGAGGGCACUUCACUGACUCAGUCGCAGUACUACGGCCUGCUAAAACUGAUGGGCGACUACACCAUGAAGUUGCGGUCGCUCUAUCGGUAGGCAGCGCACGUUCUAUCCAUCCACUGCACUCCCGGAUGUGUGCCGAGUGUGGUGCAGCACAUCUCUCCACGGCACGGCGUACGGCGACCUGCUCGACAGGGUCGGCGACAAGACGCGCCUGGUGUUCAUCAUCCGCAAAGACGAGUACGUCUUCGGCGCCUCAAUCAGUGCCGGUCUGCGGCUGCCCGACGACCCGACUGACACCAACCACUACAAGUGUGACGUGUUGCGUUUCUCGCUGGCCGGCCACUUCGCGCAGCCCACCAUCAUAGAAGACAUCCCACCAAGAUAUGGGCAUGUAACGGUGGCGGGGAGGGAGGGAGGUGUGUUCGGUGAGAGAGUGUUCAUCGGUGGGUUUCUGGCUUUGGGUCCAUGGAUGACGGCCGAUAUCCGCAGCUGCCAGCUGUUGACCCACAGGGACGAUGUGCCUGCAGGCUACACUGGGGUGAGGGAUAGGUUUGACCAUGCACUGCUGGGGGGGUCGUUUGAGUUCCAUGCGGAUGAGAUUGAGAUACUGACAGUGGUGGCACAGUGAGUCAGUGAGGGGAAGGAGGGAGGGAGGGACGGGAUGUACUUCUCCCUUUACCUAUCUACCCAUCGGUGAGCGUCUGGUGACCUCUGAUGUCGUGUGUACAUACAUACGUCCAGAGUCAUUGACGCACGAUAGUGACAUG